AUGAGUCGACCGAGUGAGAAACUUUCACGACGAUGGAGUACCAUGAACGUUCCUCGGAGAAGGGAUGCAAGCUUCUCCGAGGAGUCGUCAUCCUCGACCAGUGAGAGCACUGAACAGCCGUCUUACACGAAGAACACUAGCACACCUUUGCGAAACAGGUGGUCGGACGCGAAAGGAAUCAACAGGUCCUCGCGGAAUCAACGAGAUGAGAGCGAAGACUCGGAAGGGGAGACCGACGAGAAGGAAGUGGAAAGAUCAAGAGGGCAUAAAAAAGCUACGCGUGAUGUUCGAGGAAAGCGACAAGAUGAUCGUGAAAGAAUCGCUCGGAGACAGAAGGCAAGACACGUUCCUCGGGGAGGACGAAAACGCGAAAGAGGUUAUGAGGGGUCAGAAAAUGAUAAUCGGAUGGCGUCGGGUUCUUCCAGCAAACGCUAUGAGGAAGGGGAUACUGAUCGCUCGAAACGGAGACAUGAAGGGGAGAACGAACUGCCGAUUACCGAGAUCUUGAAGAGAAGCCAAGAGAAUGCGCGUACGAAAUACGAGGGUCAGUCACCUCUUUCGGAACUGACCACAGAUAAAAUCUAUGUUCAGCACCGAGACGGUUUCAGCGCUAUGAAAAUUAACAGAUCAAAGAGUUCUCAGUUCUCGGGACAGAAAUCAGAAAUGGCGGGAGGCAAUGGCUUCGUUGAGAACCGAGAUUCUCCGCCCAUAAAGGUGGCCAUCACGAUUCAAUGGUUUUGGAAAACUACAGGCCUCGUGUUUCAGGGUAUUUUAGGUGGCAUGGCCCUCAUGCAUUUUAUAAUGUUGCAAGUAUUUUUCAAUCCGUCCUUGGAAUUCAUCGAAGACCACUCGACGAUUUGUGAAAUUUACACGAACAUCUUUUCCUUCCUCAUAACUCUGUGCGUCGUGUCGACUCUCGAUAAGUUCGAUUUCGCUCGAUUCGACGUGGAUCACCUGCGCGAGAUCUACCUCGACCACAAUAUAGCUGUAAUCGCAAUUCCGUUAUACUUGGUCGUGUUCUGCCUUCAUCAAGUCUGUUCCAAGGUUGACAGUCAGUUGGGGUUGGUGCACUAUUACAGUUCAAAUUACAGCUUGUGGGAAAACGCUACUGAUGUCCAGACCCUUCUAGUCGAUUUAAACAACUGGCAGAGGAUGUCGCUAUCAAAAGACGUUCUCGCGGUUGUUGCCUGGUUGUUUGUUUCUCUGGGUACCAAGGACGAUUCAUUUCUGAUACAUCUGCAGUCCAUGCAAAAGUUCACGAGCAACGCCGAGUCCCCAAGACAAUAA